CUCUCUCCCUCUCUCCUUCUCUCCUUCUGUGUUUCAAAACUCGCUCACAUGUUGUCUCUCUCCUUCUUGGUAAAUUUGCAUCCCUCUCUCCCUCUCUCCUUCCACCCUUGUUGCCUUAGAGAGAGACAAAGAUAACACACAUCCAAAACUCAUCAUCAUUAAAAUUUUGACUUAAUUUUUAUUCUUCCACGACACUCUAAUUUUCUUCCAUUUUUUUCAUUUUUUUCUCAAACCCUUUAACCCUCCUUCCUUCAACCAUUCUCCAUCAUCAUUUUGUUCUUCCUCUACCUCUUGAGAGUCCACCUAGGCCCACAUUUCAACUAUGGGACCAUUUAGAGGAAUAAAUCAAGAUUUCCAAGGAAGAAUGGAAUGUUAUAAACAAGAUUGGACUAGUGCAAUCGGUUCUGGUGUUAGAAUAUUGGCUCCAACUUUCUACAUAUUCUUUGCUUCUGCACUUCCUGUUAUUGCUUUUGGAGAGCAACUUAAUAGAGAUACAGAUGGAAGUCUGAGCACAGUUGAAACAUUAGCAUCUACUGCUAUUUGUGGAAUUAUCCAUUCAAUAUUUGGUGGUCAACCUCUGUUGAUUGUUGGAGUUGCUGAACCUACUGUUAUCAUGUACAACAUUCUAUACAGUUUUUGCACAAAAAGACCUGAAUUAGGUGCCAAAUUGUUUUUGGCUUGGGCUGGUUGGGUUUGUGUAUGGACAUCAACGUUUUUGAUUGUGCUUGCAAUUUUCAAUGCUUGUGCGGUUAUCUCUAGGUUCACAAGGAUUGCAGAGGAAUUAUUUGGCAUGCUAAUCACUGUCCUUUUCUUUCAACAGGCUAUAAAGGGACUCAUAAGUGAGUUCAACGUACCAAAGGCUCAAAACCCCUGGUUAGAUGAAUAUCAAUUCCAUUGGAGGUAUACAAAUGGAUUACUUUCAAUCAUUUUCUUUUUUGGAUUAAUUUUCACUGCCAUCAAAAGUAGAAGAGCAAGAACAUGGCGAUACGGAACAGGGUGCAUAAGAGGUUUCAUUGCAGAUUAUGGUGUUCCAAUGAUGGUAGUGUUAUGGACUGCAUUAUCUUAUACAGUACCAAGCAAAGUUCCCUCUGGUGUUCCUAGAAGGUUGUUUUGUCCACUUCCUUGGGAAUCUGCAUCUCUCUACCACUGGACAGUAGUCAAGGAUAUGGUAAAGGUACCCUUGCCAUAUAUUCUUGGGGCAUUUAUUCCAGCUAUGAUGAUAGCAGGUUUAUACUUUUUUGAUCAUAGUGUAGCUUCUAAGAUGGCUCAACAAAAGGAAUUCAACCUUCAAAAACCAUCUUCCUACCACUAUGAUUUACUUCUUCUUGGAAUAUUGACUUUGAUUUGUGGAAUUCUUGGUCUUCCUCCAUCAAAUGGAGUCCUUCCUCAGUCACCUAUGCAUACAAAGAGUUUAGCAGUUCUUAGGAAGCAGUUGAUCCGAAAGAAGGUAGUGAAGAGUGCCAAGGAAUGCAUUAGACAACAAGGAACCAACUCCGAAUUAUACGGAAAGAUGCGAGCUGUGUUUAUAGAAAUGGAUGCAGCACCUACUGUUAAAGAGUUGGAGACUUUGAAGGAGGCUGUAAUGAAAUCUAAUGAAAAGAGUGGUACAAAGGAAAAAUUUGAUCCUAUCAAACAUAUAGAUGCUUAUUUGCCUGUUAGAGUUAAUGAGCAAAGAAUGAGCAACUUAUUGCAGUCUCUCCUUGUUGGUUUAUCACUUUUGGCUAUCUCUGUCAUCAAAAUGAUACCUACCUCAGUUCUUUGGGGAUAUUUUGCUUACAUGGCAAUUGAUAGUCUACCAGGAAAUCAGUUCUGGGAAAGGCUUUUGCUUCUCUUCAUCGCCCCAAAAAGGCACUACAAAAUUUUGGAAGGCUCUCAUGCUUCAUUUGUGGAGUCAGUACCAUUGAAGACCAUAGCUGCAUUUACAGUUUUACAAUUUCUAUUUUUUGCAUUUUGCUAUGGAGUGACAUGGAUACCUAUUGGUGGAAUAUUGUUUCCUUUACCUUUCUUCCUUCUCAUAACUAUAAGAGAGAAAUUGCUUCCAAGGUUAUUCAAAGCAAAUCAUCUUCAAGAAUUAGAUGCUUCUGAGUAUGAGGAAAUUAUUGGUGCUCCACUUGGUCCACACUGUAUACCACUGAUUGACAAAGAUACACGUAAUAGUAGUGACGCUGUUGAUGAUGGCUUAGAAGAUUAUUAUGAUGCAGAGAUAUUGGAUGAGAUGACAACUCGUAGAGGUGAAUUGAAAUUUAGAACAAUAAACCAAAAUGAUCAUGGUAGAAACUUCAACCGCACCUUCACUUAUGGCUUCAAUGAAGACAGACACUCUCAGGUUCACCCUGAAGAAUCUAGCCGGAUAUGAUGAAUUAGCCUCUCUGCAUUAGCCAAUUGUUAGAAUGUAGAAAAGUGUUUGAUAUAUGAGUAAAGAUCAAUCCUCUUCAAUGUCAUGCUCAAGAUUCUUGUAACGUCGAUAGGGUUGGAGAAGAUCGAUGUUUUGUGGACGACGAAGAAGAAGAGAUUCGAUAUGAGGAACAGAAGAAAUCAUUUAAAUUUUGAAGUAAUAGGCUUCAAUAUUACUAUUAGGAAAGUUGCAUUCAAAUUUGAUUCAUCAAGGAUCAUUUUCCUUCAUUAGGUGGUUAGAAAGUUCACAAGAAAAAAGAAUGAGAAUGGGUGGAGAUGAGAUUAAUAUGAUAUGAAUUUAAUUUAUACACACUUUCGAUGUAAAGGAUUUUUAUAAUGCAUGACAGUUAAACUCGAUAUGAUAUAUGAGAAAGAAAAGGGGAAGGAAGAUCAAGGGAAUGAGGAAAUCCAAAAUUACUAAACUUGAUUUCAAGGUGAAAUAUAGAUAAAACCUUAGAGCAUUCUCUCUUAUUUUAUCAUUGUUCCAUCACUUGUUCUUUUAGUGAGAAUUUGUAAGAACAAAUAUUUAUUUAGUCAGUAUUUAGAUCAAGUAUUA